AUAAUGAGAUUUUAAAUAAGUGAAAAUGUGUAUUGUGUAUUGAAGGAAAGGAAAAUUCAUAAAUAUUAUAUAGAUUAAUGGAUACAUAUAUACUCGGCGUUAUAAAUAUCGUAAAAACGCUUGCGUUACUCUUUGAUUAUGGAGCAUGUAGUAAACCAAUCAGAACCAAUAUGCGCAAAAAUGGACGAAAAUUCGUCUUCCGUUAAGUUUAUAAAGACUAUAAUUAAUUUAACUAUCACGUUGUAAAAUCAUGUUAUUGGUUAAGAACACGAAGGGAAACGUUAGUUACAACUCGUAGCUAUAAAAGAGAAUGCGGAAAGUUCAAAAAUUUCAAAAUAUGAUAAUGUUCGCAAUUAUUCUCUUGAGGACCGUCACACUUGGCUAACCAAGAAAAUCGAGAUCAACGAUCAGUUACAGCACACGUCAAAGUUCAGAUCAUCACAAGUACUGUUACCAGGAUUCUCCCACUAUAAAGUUUGUUCAUUAAAUUUGCAUAUGCAAAUUUGCGUUUGUGAUAAGUGAUUUCAAAAAGGAAAAGCGGCUUCGUGAAGAAGAAGAGGAACGUAGUCGUGACCAAGUGUCGAUAUGCUCCGGUUAACACUUGCUACGUAUUGUCGUCGAAAUAGUCGAAAGUAUAAUGUUCAGGAUAUCACGAUACAUUAGAAUAUUAUUAUUCAUAUUCCUUGGUUCUACAAUUUUUUGUGCAGUUUUCAUUACUUUCCCGAACUUCGUUGGUGGGAAAAUUAAUAGAAAAACAGGUCAAACAGAACGUCAAAAACAAACACAUAAAAUUUAUGCUACAUUAUCAAAAAAAUACAAUUUAACGAAAGGACAGAUUAGUAACACGUCUGUGCUUGGAAAAUGGCUGUUAUCACCCGAGGGAAGUUUACCACCACCGAUAAUUAAUACGAAAAAGGAGCCAUACUUAAUAUUAAUUUGGAAACAUGGAAAGUUCUUAGAACGUAGACAUAUCAAACGUUUCACUAAUAAUAAAUUUUCACCGUGGGAUGGUUGUACAGUAAACAAAUGUGUGCUAAGUUACCAAAUGAAAGAUAUAGACACAGCUGAUGCGGUUGUAUUUCAUUUACAUUUAACGAAGGGCAUAUCAGAAUUGCCAUUUAGAACUCGACAGAACCAAAGGUGGAUCUUCCUGGCAGACGAAUCACCGAUUCAUACUUUUCUCUAUGGCAAUCAACAAAUAUCAGAAUAUAAUGGCUUGUUUAACUGGUCUAUGACUUAUCGAAUGGAUAGUGAUAUACCGGUACCAUAUGGUAGGACGGUUUUGAAAUCGUUCAUCAAUUCCUCAGAUACAGGUUUUUCCGAAGAUUUUAUUCGAAAAUUAAAAACUAAACUAGUUACCGUGAUGGGUAGUAAUUGUGCAGGUACGAAUGGUCGAUGGAAAUAUGUAAAUGAGUUGAAAUCAAUUCUCGGCAAUGAUCUACAUAUAUACGGGAAAUGUUUAAAUGGUAAUACAACAGCGUGUCCAGGCCAUUUUGAUAAAGACUGUUCAGCCUUGAAUGCAUACAAAUUUUAUCUUGCUUUUGAGAAUUCAAAUUGUAAAGAAUAUAUUACAGAAAAAGUAUUCUGGCAUGGUUAUCGUAAAUUAGCAAUUCCGAUAAUAAUGGGUGCACCGAAAGAAAAUUGCGAACAACUACUACCGCCUCACUCGUUUCUUCAUAUUAGCGAUUUCGUUAAUCCAACUGCCUUAGCGAAUUAUAUUCGUUAUCUUAAUCAGCACGAUGAUAAAUAUUUGGAAUAUCAUAAAUGGCGUAAAUAUUAUAAAGUAAAUAAUGAGCACGGCUAUUUUGGUAGUAUUUCGAGGCAUUAUUGUCGCAUUUGCGAAGCUCUUCAUUAUAAUGUUCCUGCUAUUAAAAUAUACGAAGAUAUGGAGUCAUUUUGGAACAAAAAACGAGAUUGUACCAUUUAGUACAUUUGAUUUCAUAUUUUUUAAUUAAAUUGUUUAGUGUUAUACAGUUCUCACAUGUAUAAGAUAUUUAUGUACCUUGUAAAUGUUAUAAAUAAUUGUAAUUAAAAUAUUCAUCAAUUCUGUAAUGUCUGCUAGAU